ACUAUUUGUAAUCGGAACUCAGACCAAAAUAUCUGAAAUGUCCAGUCUUAGUACCUACAGUGUCCUCGUGUCACUUCACGGCAUCAGCGUCGGCAUGAACGCGGCCACCGUGGCCGCCAUCAUUGCCAGCAAAAGGCUGAGGAAGACCCAGAAUAUCUUCACUUGUAAUAUCGCCAUUGUCGAUUGCAUCACAUCAGCCCUCACGAUCAUUGCUAUUCUCCUUUCAUACCUACGAGACAUAAAUAUUUCAAUACUUCACUUGGGAUCACGCGCAGUGGUGAUUACUGGGAUAUUCAGCGCGUUAGCGGUCGCCAUUCAUCGCUUCAUCAUCAUCCGUUUUGAUCCAUUCAACAAGCGUAACCUCGUCACCGCACCACGCUGUGUUGUAGCAAGUAUUGCAUUUUGGUUAGUUCCACUUGGGACAUUCACAGCUAUCAAACUAUUCAACAAAGAUGAACGCGUUGAACUUGAAACGCUCAUUUUGCCUAUUGUCUCAGUUGCAUCCCAUGCAAUCUGCACCGUUUGCUAUGUAACGGUGUACUGGACAAUUUUAAACGCCGCUCACGAAGUUGGGCUAUCCAACCGCAUGCUGCUACAACGCAUCAAACAGAAUAAAAAAGUGCUGAUUACUUUCGCGCUCGUCGUCGGAACAAAUAUCGCCUGUUCGCUCCCGCUCAGUCUUAGUUUCUUCAUAAGCUACGUCAGACCAGACUGGGUUUUCAACUUCAAUACAUUCAAGCUCAAUUCUAGCUUCAGGGCCUUUGCCAACGUGGCAAGAGGUCUACUUGGACUCAACGGAAUUCUUAAUCCAAUCAUAUACUGGACUCGACUAACCGAUUUCCGCAAUCUCAUUAAUUGUUGUACGCGCAAACCUCCGAGUCGUAAAGCGGAGGGUGAGAGGAAAGCUGAACUGUCACUUAAAACGCAGGAGAGCACCGUCCCCGAUCCCAAGGACAGCCGCGGUGGAGUUCGCGAACAUGGUGUUUAUGUUGUUUCUACCUAGCUAGCUUUUCAACGGGAUGGAUGGCUCGCCAUAUACAUUUUGUGGAAAAUAAUUCUUGUGGCGUCGCCGUUCAUACCCUUCAUCGGUGUGUUGAGCAUUGUCCUGACUGUCCAAGUCCUAUCAUGUAUAUUUAUCUUUACUUGUGUUUUAUUUUUUUAAAAAUAGUAUGUACACAUUCUUAAUAGGUCCAUGAUCGGAUGAAGUUCGCAAGUUUAAUUACCAGAAAGUACUUGCAGCUCAGAGUUUCUUAGAUUAGUAUUAUUUACUUUUUGCAGAGCUAAACAAUAUGUUCCUUAUAUAGGCCUACCUGCUACAAUGCACUUAUACGCUUACACCCUAUACAAAUUAUCACCAUUAUAAUAUUUCAAGACGAAAACUGGUCAUAUAGAUAUUCAGAAUAUGAUCGUGUUGUGACAUUUACAAAUUUUAUUUUAUAAACAAACCACAAUUAAAAAAAAAGAAGAAAAUCAAGGAUCGAAGUGAGUUGGAAGCAACUGAUUGACUAUAAGAACUAGUGGAUAACCACUUUUUUAUGUGGGAGCGAGUCAGCGAGGGUUUCGAAUUCCGGUGACCAGGGUGAGUCGAUUCUCACAUGGUGCGCUAUAAUGCCCGUUGGUAAGGCAAUUAAAUCCUCAUUACCAGGUCCCUCGGAGAUGACCUUAAGCCGUUGGUCUUCUGAUUGCUUGCUUACAAGCAUCCAUGCUUUCUUAGCAAUCAGGUGAAACAUUACUACCAAAUCAAAUUUCAACAAAGUAUAAUAUAAUAUUAUAAGGCAUUGUUAAAUUUGUAUAAAAUGUGAAUGUAUAAAAUAGUAUGCAAAAAAUGAACGCGUAAGAAUGUGAUAGUAUAGACAGAUGUAUUUGAAAGUUUUAAAUUUAUAACCAAUAAACUGAAAGUUAUGUAUAUACUUGGUUUGAGUACUCUAAGCAGUAGAGUGUGUAUUUAUAUUUGAUAUUGCUUUAUUCGUGAUUGUAUUAUAGCUUUUGAAAAUUACAAUGUGAUAUUAUCGUCAUUUAUCAUGUUCUACAUGUC